AUGCAUUCUCCGGUUCUCGCCCUCGUCGCAUCCGUCCUGGCUCUCGGGGUACACGGGCUUGCCAACUUUCCCCAUGAGGCUGUCCAACUGGAGGAUCGCGACAUCGGUGACUUCUCUGCCAUAGCAUUUGGCGGCAACUCCCUGGUGAGAAGGGGCGACCAGCCAAAAUGUAGGGCUUUCCCCGGCAGCGAGGACUGGCCGGCUACAGACGAAUGGGAUCGUCUCAAUAUGACCCUGAACGGUGCUCUUCUUAAGCCCGUCCCGGCUGCAUCAGUCUGCUAUGCCGGACCAAACCACGACGAGGACCGGUGCAAUUUCCUGCUCACGGAUGCGAGCGCGACUCUAUUCUACAACGAUGACCCUCUCACGGUCUUGUCGCAGUGGACCCAGGGUAAUACCUGUCUCGUCGCCGAGGAUCCAGCGGGGAAUUGCACUCAGGGCGGCUUCCCUGUCUAUGUUGUCAAUGUCACGACAACCAAGGAUGUUCAGGCUGCAGUUAACUUUGCAAGGAACUCGAAUAUCCGACUUGUGAUCAAGAAUACCGGCCAUGAUUUCCUGGGCAGAUCCACCGGCGCAGGAUCUCUGAGUGUUUGGACCCAUCACCUCAAGAGCUUUGAGCUUCUGCCCGACUACACCCAAGGCGAAUAUACAGGAAUGGCAGCUCGAGUCGGUGCGGGUCUUGAAACUUGGGAGGUCUACAACCUUAUGGAUCUCCAUAACAUAACCCUCGUUGUUCCAUACACCUUCACGGUAGGCCCCUAUGGAGGGUUCACCACCGGAGGGGGUCACUCGACGUUUGCCUCUUUCUACGGCCUAGGCUCCGACCAGGUGCUCUCUAUAAACGUGGUGACGGCCGAUGGCGAGUUUGUGACAGCUGACACAACCAACAACACCGACCUUUUCUACGCAAUUCGUGGUGGGGGCGGUAGCACCUUUGGCGUCGUAACCUCCUUCAUCGUAAAAGCCCACCCAGCCAUCGACGUCACGGUCGCAACGAUGGGCUUUUCGACCAGCGCCGCAUCCGGAAACACCAGCAUCCCGUCGAACGAGACCGAGAUAUUCUGGGAGGGCAUCACCACCUACUACAAGUUCGGCACCACCAUCGUCGACCGCGGCGGCAUGGACCGCAGCUACAUCUACCCGGCGACGGACGAGGCCGGCCUCAGCUUCACCACGCAGAUCGAGAUGCCCAACAUGACCUCGCCCGACGCCCUCGUCUUCUUCCGCGGCCUCUACGAAGCCCUCACCUCCGUCGGCAUCGCCGUCUCCAUGGGCGCCCCCAGCACAGGCACCUACGGCGUCUCGCAGAGCAGCGAGGGUUCGUCCCCAGCCAACAUCCGCUUCGGAUCUCGCCUGUUCCCGCGCGCCAACUGGGACAGC